GCUCGGAUCUCGGCUGCUCUGCGAUAACUCCGCUUCAUCUCGGCGGUGGCGGCAUAUCAGCACGGAAAAAUAAAAUGGAAGUGUAGGGAGCGGGGCGACGCUUCCAGAGGAUACGGCGGAGUUUGUUGUUGGGGCUGCGCGACUUUCCAUGCUGAUGGACGGAGCCGUUUAACGGGCCUGUCUCUCUAUCUCCCUCUCCCUCUCUCAUUGUCGCUAUUUGUGCUAGCUUAGCUAGUUAGCUUGCUAGGCUAGGUUACAGUAGAAGCGCUUGGAGAAGUGGCUAAGUGCAACAUUAGCAGCGGAGCUAAAAGCGUCCCAUUUUAUAGCGGCGUCGUAUUAUUUUUUUUUUUAAUUUUUGACAAACUUCAGACGAUUUUUGGUGAACCGGCUGUCUCCCGGUGUUGACAGACUAUCAUGCCGCGGUAGUGUCGCUUCGUCCCCGGCGUCUCUGUCUCUCUCUCUCUGUCUGUCCCUCUCUCUGCCGCCCUGCACCAGCAGACUUGCGGGUCAGUAGCUAACACUCACCGGGGGCAUUGUGCGGUAUGUAGCCAUGGCAUGCUAAUCAUCCAUCAGCACGGUCGGUGAGUGCUUGCACCGAUGCAGGACAGAUCAUGUAGUUGUCCGUGAAGGAUUGCUGUGAUAACGUGGUUUGAUUCAGCCUUGGACUGUGGACAGGGCCUCGCAGGCUCCCGACUGUGUGUUAGCUAGUCCGGAGUGAUCACACACUCACACUUCUGCAAAACAUGUAAAGCGAGCAAACUUCUGGAGGUCAAUAAUGUAACAUUAUCGAGCUGGUGGGCCUUUUUAAGUUCAUGACUUGGCGGCAGGCCAGCGUUAUCAGCAACAUGAGCAACUCCGGAGUAAUGCCGCAAGAAAAGAUGGAGCUGGAUCUGGAUAUCCCAUCGUCAUUAGUUCAGAGCGACGGACAUCUGAGGAGAUCCAACAGUGCACCCAUGAUAAAUGGCCUAAGCGAUAACUCCCAAGUGUUCCAGAGAGAGGUCCUACGCAGCCGGAGGAACAGCACUACCGUUGUCCACAGGCCCAACAUGGUUCCUUCGUCGCCUAUUCGUGUCCCCAGCACCAGAUUGCAUCAGAUCAAACAGGAGGAGGGCGUCGAUGUGAUGAACAGAGAGACUGCUCACGAGCGGGAAGUUCAAGCCGCCAUGCAGAUGAGCCAGUCAUGGGAAGAGAGCCUCAGCCUGAGCGACAACGACCUGGAGAAGUCGGCGUCUUCGUCCCCGAAGAGGAUCGACUUCGUGCCCGUGUCCCCGGCUCCGUCACCAACCAGAGGGAUCGGCAAGAAGCAGUGCUUCUCUCCUUCACUACAAAUCCAGGUGAGCAGUAACGGCCUGACGCCCAGCCCCAUCCCCAGCCCCACACGGCGCUUCAGCCGACGAAGCCAAAGCCCGAUCAACUGCAUCAGAGCGAGCAUACUCGGCCCCAUCAAACGCAAAGGGGAGAUGGAAACGGAGAGUCAGCCCAAGCGGCUGUUCCAGGGCACCACCACCAUGCUCUCCUCAGACGUCUCCACCCUGUCAGACCUCAGCGCCUGCCACUCUCCAGAGCUCCUGGACGGCAGCCUCAGCAGCGUCGGCUCCUCCACCGACUCCCCGGGCAAAAUGGAUGGCGUGUCCCCUUCGUCAUCCAGCAACUCGCCCUUCGCCUCCCUUCAGGAUUUGUCCCCCAAAUGAUGAGCUCGGUGGAGGGGGGACGGGGGCGAUCCGACUCUGACCCUUCACCUCUCCGUCGCCUGACUCUUAGUGGACUUUCCUGUGUUUUGCUUUUCGAACGGCUGCAGAGGAGGAAGGGGGGGGGGGGCGCCGGGCGUGGUGAACCCGGGGAAAGUGACUGACACACUGUGAGCGCCGGCUGCUGUGUGGUCGUCCAGCGGCUUCCCUCACCCGAGAGACACUCGCAGCACUGGACACACACAGAUAAACCCUCCUGCCCUGUCUGUGUGCCGGGAAGCCUUCGUAUGUAAACAGUCUGCAGCUUUUUCUAAGAGAAGAUUUAACUUAUUAUUUCCCUGCUUUGUUUGUAAUUCUGUACAGAUUCCUGGACGUCCCGUGUCAUGGCAGUGGCUUUAUUUUUUUGGCUCUGAGGUGAAUGUAGACACAGGUCUUCAACUGCUUUCUGUCUGAAAGGAACUUAAUCUACUUUUGGGGUACAUGUUGGAGGAGUUUCAGGAUCUUUUAGCGACCUGUGGCGUUUCCUUUCCUUUCCUUUCCUCCUGACUUGACUUGCUGCAUUGAGUGAACGGCGACAGUCGACACUAAAGGUUUUUCCUCCACAUCCUGUGUUCGUGUCAGGGUGACUUUUUGUAGAUACGAAAAAGAAAUGGAAAUAUUUUCUUGUUCUUCUUCUGGCAAAGUGUUCUUAUUUAUGGAGAUGUUUAUUAUAAAGCCCGAUCGGUGGUUAACAGUGAAACCAUUUGUGUCGUCGUUCACACCGAAUGAACUUACUGCCGACGCGCCCGGCCGAGGUUUAAAAAAAACAAACGCGGAGCAGCGUUGUGCGUGCAGAGACCGCUGUGGUCGCCUGUAUUCAGAGCUCACUGCACAGGAUGUGCAGUCCUGUGGUGUUUCAGCCUGUGUGAGUCUUAAAGGAGUCUAGCUUGACUUUCUCUCCCCGAGUGGAAACCUUGAUGUGGAGGCGACGCCUGCACUGUGAUAUUUGCACCUACGUUUGCUUCCAGUCUCCAAGACCCCACCGUCUGCGUAAAGUAAUAACUUCCAGCCCCCCCGCCGCCCCCACUCCCCUCCCCGCAGCCUUCAAUGUUUCUGUACAAAAAAAAAAAGAUUGUAAAGCAUUUUAUGGACAUGUGCCCUCUUAAUUUAAAGAAACGUGUGGUUGCAGUUCUUUUGCUGAAUGUCUUUUCCUUUAUACAAAGAAGUUGAGGUAUGCAGUCCGCUCGCCCUGCUGUCGAGAUGUUUUUAUUUUUUAUUUUUUUCCUUCCUACGUUCACGGUGUAAGGAGGUGAAGCUACACUGUGUCUGACGGAGAGGCUGUAGUCUGCUCGGCUGGCUAACACUCGCCCGUGCUCGUCUUCUGUGAUCGCCAUUGUAGCAGAUGUCAGGAAUAAAUAAAUUAUUUCAUUAUUACCUUCG